GGAGCGGGGGCCCGGGGCGGGCCGGGCCCGGCGGGGCAGCGGCGCUGAGGAACCGCCCGGCCCCUCCCGACGGGCUCCGGAGCGGCGGGGAGGGGCCGAGGGGGGCCCUGCCCGGCGUGCCCGGCCCCGGCCAUGAGCGGCGCGGCGGAGGCGCGGGAGCUGGAGGAGCGGCUGCGGGAAGCGGCGGCGCUGGGGGACGUGGCGGAGGUGCGGCGGCUGCUGGGCGCGGGGGCGGACAUCGACUCCCGCAACGAGAUCAACGGCUGGACCUGCCUGCACUGGGCCUGUAAGCGGAACCAUGCUCAGGUGGUGUCCUGCCUGCUGGAGGCUGGGGCGGAUAAGCAGAUCCUCACUGCCAAAGGAGAGCUGGCUGCACAGUUAACAACAAAACCAGACAUCCGGAAGAUUUUGGGAGUAGAGGAAGAAACUGAAUGCCAAGGAGUGAAGGAUUUAAAUUUGCCAAUUGUUGCAAACUACUUGGCCAACCCACCAUUCCCUUACGUUUACACCGAAGAAAGCAUUCCAGGCAGCUUGGCAGAAUCCCAGAAUGAAAGUGCUUCCAUCUCUUCUGCUUCCCAGUGUGAAACCAGCCCUUGCCCAUCAACAACUCAGGUCGACAGCGUAUGCACACCCUCGCCAUGCAGCAGCCAAGAGGAUUCCCCCGUGCUGGACGCCACGGCCCCGCCGCCCCCCGUGCCCCCCGUGGGCACAGCCCCGGCACACGCCAGGCCAGCGGUGCCCAACGGUCCCGUGUGCCCCCCGGCCAUGCCCCCCGGCACGGGGCUCUGCUCCCCAGGAGCACCCGGCCAGGCUGGGCCUCUGCAGCCCCACGCGUCAGUGACCAGCCCCACCCCGGCCUUCCAGCCCUUCUUCUUCACUGGGACCUUCCCCUACAGCAUGCAAGAACUUGUGCUUAAGGUGAGAGUCCAGAACCUCAGAGACAAUGACUUCAUUGAGAUUGAACUGGACAGACAAGAACUGACCUACCAAGAUCUGCUCAGAGUGAGCUGCUGUGAAUUGGGCAUUAAUCCAGAACAAGUAGAGAAGAUCAGAAAACUCCCCAACACAUUAGUAAGAAAGGACAAGGAUGUUGCCAGACUCCAGGACUUCCAAGAGCUGGAAUUAGUUCUUGUGAGAAGUGAGAGCUCUCCUUUCCGAAACGCUGCAGCCGCUCUGACAGAGAGGCCGUGCUACAACAGCAGAGCAUCCAAGCUCACUUACUGACUCUUGGAGCUGCAUCUGGAAUGUGAACACCUGGUAAUGACAGGCUGCUGCCUUUGGAAGGCAGUGAGCUGAGUGUGUGUAAAACCUUAAGUUAUUGUUAGGGUUACUAUUUUAACUAAUAGCCUAUAUUUUAUAUUUAAUAACCCCUUUGCUUUUAUUUUUUUACUUGAUACUGUAUUCAGCUAAGGGAUACCUCAUUUGUCUACUAAAAAUUACAUGCUUCCAAUGUAUUUCAAGGAAGUUUAUUGGUUGUAUUUGGCAGCAGAGGGCAGGAAAGACAUAAUUACUCUUAUGAAAAGUAUGUUGAGUAUACCUGCUCUGACCAAAUAAGAGUCAGGGAAAGGAGAUUCGGGAAAUUAUGUAUCUGUGUGUGUGUGUAUAUAUAUAUUAAAAGUUCCUGGUUAAGUUAAACGUCAGAGGGUAUCUAACAGACAAUGAACAGUUUUCUCCCUAAAAAUGAAAAAUGUGCAAGUCCUUAAUCUCUUGCCCCUUCCCAAAGACUCAGAUGGGUUACCUAGAAAUCUUAAUGCUCUGAAGUGACAGGAGAAAACACUUUCACUGGGCUGAAAGUAAAUGGAGUGUGCUCACAUUUAAAUGCUUCUUUCCCAUGUGAGAAUAUUGCACCUUAAGUGAUGGCAUCCCUCCACCAAAUACAGAAGCCUCUCUUAAAUGCUCCCUAAUUAAGUCACAAAACAAGCUGAAGUGCCCUUUCAAGAGAAAGCCCUCAUGCUUCAGGAGAUAGGGAGGGGACCCCCAAUCUGUGUCCAUGGUUUUAUUUAUUUCCUUUCCAACCCCUGUGAGCCAGUGCACUGCUCACACCAGGUGUCAGUCCUGUGUAGUCAGGUAGGCUUUUUGUGGCCCACCCUCAUACAGCAGUUACAGGGUGUGUGGUAGUUUCUGCUGUUUGAGGAGCAGAGGAAGCACAAGUGUCCCUGUGAGGGAUCGCAGCUGGAGGGAGGAAACCACGCUCUUGUGAGCCAGACUGAGUGGGAAACACAGCACAAGCAAGUAACUAACCUUCACUUAACACAAUGUACAGUCUACUCUUGCUGUUUUUCAGUUAACAUCCAUCUGUGGGUUGAACAAAGUAUUUAAGCUGCAGCAUUGCUGGAGCAUAAACAGGCUGGAGCUUUUCCUGUUAACAUGGCAGCCUGCAAAGCUACACUUUUGGAGGCUUUUCGUUUUGUACCAAAAACUAUGAUGCUAACCUUUGCACCAAAACCUUAACUGGGUCCUGAGGUGGGUGGAGGCACGAGGGACUUUUUUUAGCAUGAGCUGAUUUUUCUUCCCCCCUGCCCAGCUGUAUUGAUUUUCCUUCCCUCUCUGCUUUAUGAAGCUGCACUAGAGCAGAGCUGCACAGCUGGUGCUGUAUUUGUUGUUGUUGAUCUGCACUGCAAUGUUGACAGUCAGACUAUAAAUAGUACCAGCACCAUGUUUUGGUAGGAGCAGCGUGGCUGGACCCUCCCAGUGUCCUGCUUUACUCCCAAGGAGCUCCCCAAGCCUGGUGUGUAAGUCUGCUGCAUGCCAGGAGAACACAGAAACCCAUUCUGCCAGCAGAGACUACGGGUUCAGGAUUUCACCAAGUUACUUAGGCUUAAAAUUCCUUCUUAUUGUAUUGAAAAUAAUUAUCAUCCUCUUCCCCACAUGCCCAUAUACAUCUUAUCACCUCAACCCUGCAACUCUCCACUCACAAUCCUGGCCCUUCUCCAGCCAGGAGCUGAGUUACUUUAAUGCCAGAUUCAACUCCUGGGAAGCUCAAGACUGUGACACAGUAUGAAGUAAAAUUUCCUAACUAGGGCUCCCACUUUGUUUUUCUUGUAGGACAGGAAAGGAGGUUUUAACAAUUGUGUAUUUAUCUUUCCAGCAUAGCUUGGAGGUAGCUCAGAUUAUGUGCAAUAACUGUUUGAAAAACAGUAGUGGUUAAAUGGCUCUAAAUUAAUAUGAGUAUCUAAUUUCCAGUUCCUUUGUUUAGGAAGUCAGUGUAAGGACUGUCUCCACUAACUACUGAACAUUCUGCUAUAGGAGCAGCUGGUUUAAAAAAAGCUUUAUUUGCUCUAGUUUCCACCAAGAAUAACUGUUAAUGUGUUAAGACUUUAAACUUUAAUCAUGAUCUAACUGUAACAACAACAGUAAUAAGUCUAUGCAUUCAGAGAAAUAUUUUUGUAUGUUUUAUGCAGUUUGAUAAACUCAGAGGCACACUAAUUAUGUUAACUGUUUUUUGUUGGGUCUUUUUCUUUGAACAAUAACUGUUGGUAUGACAACUGAGACUAAGUUUACAAAACUUACCGUUCUUCCAAGGACUGCUUUUGUUUGCACUACAAACUUGUACUGAACUGACAUUGCUACUAUAAUAAAGUAUCAGUUGUUUCAAGUA